AUGUCUGAAGGUAUUACUGAAGUUGAAGAAUCCCAAAUUCAAACCAACUACGACAAGGUUGUCUACAAGUUCGAUGACAUGAACUUGAAGAAUGAAUUGUUGAGAGGUGUUUUUGGUUACGGUUUCGAAGAUCCAUCUGCUAUUCAACAACGUGCUAUCUUGCCUAUCAUUGAAGGUCACGAUGUCUUGGCUCAGGCUCAAUCUGGUACUGGUAAGACUGGUACUUUCUCGAUCGCUGCUUUGCAAAGAAUCGACAGUGCUUUGAAGUCUCCACAAGCUUUGAUUUUGGCUCCAACCAGAGAAUUGGCUUUGCAAAUCCAAAAAGUUGUUAUCGCUUUGGCUUUCCACAUGGACAUCAAGGUUCACGCCUGUAUCGGUGGUACUUCUUUCCAAGAGGAUGCUGAAGGUUUGAGAGAUGCUCAAAUCGUCGUUGGUACCCCAGGUCGUGUUUUCGACAACAUCCAAAGACGUAAGUUCAAGACUGACAGCAUUAAGAUGUUCAUCUUGGAUGAAGCCGAUGAAAUGUUGUCCUCUGGUUUCAAGGAGCAAAUUUACCAAAUUUUCACUCUACUUCCACCAACUACUCAAGUUGUCUUGUUGUCUGCUACUAUGCCAAAGGACGUCUUGGAAGUUACCACCAAGUUCAUGAGAAACCCAGUUAGAAUUUUGGUCAAGAAGGAUGAAUUGACUUUAGAAGGUAUUCAACAAUUCUACAUCAACGUUGAACAAGAACUUUACAAGUACGACUGUUUGACCGAUUUGUACGACUCUAUCUCCGUUACUCAAGCCGUUAUCUUCUGUAACACCAGAAGAAAGGUCGAAGAGUUGACCCAAAAAUUGAAGGCUGACAACUUCACCGUUUCUUCUAUCUACUCUGACUUGCCACAACAAGAAAGAGAUAUCAUCAUGAAGGAAUUCAGAAGUGGUUCUUCCAGAAUCUUGAUCUCCACCGAUUUGUUGGCUAGAGGUAUCGAUGUUCAACAAGUCUCCUUGGUUAUCAACUACGACUUGCCAACUAACAAGGAAAACUACAUCCACAGAAUCGGUAGAGGUGGUCGUUUCGGUAGAAAGGGUGUUGCCAUCAACUUCGUUACCAACGAAGAUGUUGGUGCUAUGAGAGAAUUGGAAACUUUCUACUCUACUCAAAUUGAAGAAUUGCCAUCCAACAUUGCUGAGUUGUUCACUUAA